AUGGACAACGACUCGACACCGCCAAGGCCCUCUAGGCAGGCGGAACAAGCCGACCCCUCUCAAGAUGCUGGCUCGUCAGCAUUCGCCGACUUGCCCUCUCCCAACGCCCGCCAAUCCCGGAUCCGAUCAGUGGCAUCAGAAUCGUGGGCACCCAUCAACUUUGCUCGCCCUAUCACUCUUCGCCCGGACUCUGUCGAGCCGCCCGCCGACGCCCAAGCAGCUGCCUCAAAUCGUUCCUCCUACAUUGCUCAGGGCAUGACCUCGGGCAGCGAAGACACCGAAUGGCACGACGCCGACGACGACUCCACCAGCCCACCCAUGAGUCCUUGGGAGAGGCGCACCGCCAGCUCCUCCUCUCAGCACGAUCGAUUCCGGCCCUCAACGCCACUCAAGAACCGCCGAAAGGGCAUGAUCAAUGACAAGAAGCUCACCAUCGACACUAGCUCUUCCAAAGCUGGGUCCAGCCGAAGGGCAGCAUCCGAGUCGAGCGCGCCCGCGCCUGCAUCGACCGAGCCUGCCCAGCUUCCGGCGCGACCACCUCGCGCAAUGAGGAAGCUCUCGGAUCGCCUGAUGAAGGUGGCCACUUCGGCUUCACCCACCGGCAGCGGCAAGAAAGACUCGCCCGUCGACUCGUUGGCUCCGCCACCGAGCGCCGGUAUCCGAUGGGCGCCCUUCACGCCUACCAAGCGCAGUCCGCUGGGUGAAAAGGGUCGAUCUCCCGUGGCCGCCUCGACCAGCCCUGCUUCUGGAUCCGCGACUGUAAGCAGCAGCGGCUCGGACAAGACGGCUGUUGCUGUACCACGCUACGGCUUCAACCCUGAUUUCCAGCUCGGCGGCAAGACGGAACCUGGUGCGUCGCCUCGAUCUGGUAAAGGCACGUCACCCACCAAGCCUUCCCCCACCUAUGCCGGUCUAGCCCAGGGUGGCGGCGUCAAGUCGAUGCUCUACGCCAACACCGCCUCGCCGUCAACUCCUCUGAGCCCUCGUGCGCCGGUGCCGGCGGCCUCGCCGCGCACCAUGAAUGCGCCUGGCACCCCGCGAACCCCGCUCAAUACCCGCUUCACCAACUCGCCCACCUCUUAUCAGGGUGUCCUCCUCACCACCAUCACACGCACCGAUUCGGAUGACAAGCAUCUGGCCGUGCCAGGCGCACCGGGAACACCGAUCAGAGGAAGAAAUCGCAGUGCGAGCGUCGCUGGCGGGAUCAAAGGCUUUGUCCGCGGUGGUGCUGCUGAAGUCAUCCCCCGUCUCGAGAUGCGGGUUCUCGAGCGUCCUCGUCGCGGCUCGCAAUUCUACGGUCUUGGCGGUGCGCGUCCAUCGGACCCGAGCAAGAGACACUCGCUUGCGACCGAGCAGCCCGUCAUGAUGGGGAAGACAGACUCCGCAACCGAGGCGCCCCAGGACGCUUCGCCUCGUGUCAGGGACUUUGCCAGGUCGGCGGCGCUCGACAAGCUGACAAGCGACUCGACGGGACGGGUGCGCAGCCAGUCGAACAGUCGACGAGCAAGCGCGGCCAGUCCACGCAUGCGGAUGAGCUUCAGCUUCGCGCGUCGCGAGAGGCGAAACACUGCCGGCACCACGGCUUCCGGCGUCUCUCGUCGUUCCGAACGUUCGCAGAGAUCCAACCGAUCCGUGGCGCACAAGCGCAAGUCGCUGCCGAUCGCUGGACCCGGUAGCAUCAAAUCCAAGCCGCCUUCGCUGCUCGAGCGCCGCGUGUCGCUCGCGCCUCCCUCGAUGCGCCGCCAGGACAGCAGCAUGCAGCCCGACAGCGACGAGUCCGAAGACGAGAACGACGUGAUCAACGAGAUGCACACGCGCGUGACCAACAUCCAGGAGGCCAAGCGAUGGAUCCUCACUCACCGCCCUUCGAUGGAUGCCAACGCGCCGCCGACCUUUGUCGACGAACACCGACCCGUGCUGGCCAUGCGUCGUCCCACCUACGCCGCCUCCGUCUUCCAGCAGGCGCGUCUCAUGGAAGCCGAGCUGCAGGCCGACGCAGCGCUCCACUCCACCAACGCUCUCAACGUCAGCGCCAUCGGCUCGAACUUCCACAUCGCCGGCCUCCCGCCCAAGACGCCCAUGACGGCUCGCCCGGGCACCAUCUACGAUGUCCAGGAUCCCACCGACCUUCCUCGCCCCGGCACCGCACUUGCCGUCGUUCCCCAACCUCGCACGUGGCAGCAGUCGACGCUCCACUACCUCGGCGCACCCUUCCGCCUUGUCCAGCGCCAGAUCGACCCCAAGUACGUGCUCACCAUGAUGGAUCCGCGCGAGAUCAUCUUCCCGCUCUCGCUCAAAAAGGUGGCGCUGUGGAUCAUCUACGGCGGCGUCAUUGCGAUGCUUUACCUGCUGGACCGGUACUAUCACUGGUGGGGCAAGCUGGACCACGCGGUUCACGGCAAGAACUUCUACAUCAUGGGUGUACUGUACGGCUUUGAGCCUGUGAUGAUUCUCAUCAUCAUGUGCGUUGCUCGGGUGCCGGAUGCGCGCAAGGUGCCGGAUCGUACCGUGCUCGUCCCGCGUGGAAGGGACAGUACCGAGCUGCCCUCGGAGGAUGAGGAGAGCGAGAGCAGCAGCGACGACGAGUCGGUAGCCUCGGAACAGGUCGCGACCCAAGUCCACUCGACCAUCCUGGAAGAGGAGCCCGAGGAGCAAGAGGAGAACGAGGUGGACAGCGAGAUGCAGAACAAGGACGAUGGCACCAAACGCAACUCGAAGCGUCUGUCGGGUCUGCACCCGCCCGCGAUGCGAAGGAUGUCGACGCGAGUGACGACGUCGAGCGGCGGCCUGCUAUCUGUGCCGCCGGAGAGGCGAGGGAGUGCGGCGACGAGUGGAUCAGGCAACCUGGCUGUUCCUAGAACUCCUGCUUUCGACCCUCGCAACCGACGCAGCACGAUCAUCCUGCACGAGCCGCUCAACGUCGACAGCAUCGGUGCGCAGCUCGAGCGCGUGGGCCGACCGAGCGCCGAUUGGCUUCGUCGUCCCAGCGCCGACUACCGUCGCCCGAGCGUCAUCUCGCAACGUCGCCCCAGCGACAACUCGCAGCGCCGCCCGAGUGCCACUUCGCACCAGAUCAUGUUGGCUAGGACGGCGAGCAAGGAGUCGCACAAGAGCUCGUACUUUACGAGCGUCGCUGCCGCUGCCGGUGCUCGACCUGGCACUACCACGCCUGGACCGAACCAGGAGGUCGUCGACGAGAAGCCGGAUACGACCGUCGUCGUCGCUGCCCCGCAGUCCGAUUCGAGCGGCGAGUUGGACGAAAAGAAGGACGUCUCCGAGCUCGAAAAGCCCGAAGACACGCGCAUCGCCAUGGGCUCCAUCACCCACCCGUCCUUCACCGAGUCCACCGCCCUCAUCAUCCCCUGCCACAACGCCGACGUCGAAGUGCUCAAAGCCGUCCUCUUUGCUGCCCUCGUCCAUUUCGAGCCGUGGCAGAUCUUCAUCAUCGACAAUGGCAACUCUCCCCAACCACCGACGGAUAUGGAGGCGCAGAUCCGAACGCAGCCCAUGUUUGCGCGCGUCAACUACGUCUGGUCUCCCCUGGGCAACAAGAACAUCGCCCAAUUCGUCGGUGCCAAGGCCGCAGCGGUGUUGAACCUCGACUACGUCCUGACGAUCGACGACGACGUGAUUAUCCCCGCCAACUUUGCCGCGCCCAUGCACAUCAUCAACGAGACCACCACCGCAGUGUGCUAUCCGAUCACGGCCGUUGACCACAAGGGUGACCGCCCCACCUUUGUCGGAUGGCAGGAUAUCGAAUACAAGCUCUCGGCGCUUGCCAAGAUGGCCGAGGCCAAGAUGUGCGGAGUCCUCUUCCCUCACGGUGCGGCCUCCUUCUGGCGCCGCGAUACGAUGAUCCGCGUCCUCUACCGUCACGAUCUCGUUUACUUUGCAGAUGACGUCAAGAUGGGACUCGAGCUCCAAGCGCUUGGGGAGUUCAUGGGCAUCGACGCUUCCAUCUCGUUCGAAACCGUCGCCCCCGAAACCUUCUUGGGCCCUAAGACGGCAGGAACGCCCAACUACUACAACCAACGUGUCCGAUCGUGGGAGAUGGCGCGUCACACGCUCUACUACCAAUUCACCAAACGGUUCUUGUUCAGCCUCAACGGUGCGAGAGGCCCUGUGGCGAUCGGAUGGCAAAAGUUCACCCAGUUCUACAACACCACCACCAACUUUAUCGACUGGAUCCGUCUACCCAUGUUCAUCCUCCUCGGCGGCAGUGGUAUGUUUUGGCUCAAGAGUUUCGCCUUCAUCCUCUUUUUGCCGAUUCUACCCCUCAUUCCGUAUCGGUUCAUCAAGACCCGCAAUCGCCCGGAUCUCCACCCGCAUUUGAUGGACAUGCUGACCUACGGCAUUUACAAAUUGCUCUAUUCCAUCGUCUGCAUCUUCGGCGGCAUCAGAAGCAUGUUGGUCUUCCACCCGAACCAUAAGCACAAACCGACCCUGACCGAGAUGGAGGCGGCCAAGGACGAGAGGUGUAUUUGGAUGCGAGAGGAUUUCAUGCAGCAAAGUGGUGGACAGGGAGAUCUGAGGGACGAACCCCAGAUGAUCAUGCUCGACGACGAGGCGGAGCUCGAGCGAGAGGAACAGCAGGAAGAGGCUGAGCAGGGUGCGGAGAUGACCGAGGCGGCACUGGUCAAUACGCUGCCGGAGAAUGGAGAGAAGGGUGGCGAGGCUGCCUCGAUCAACGUGCUGAGGAGGCCAUCGACGAGGAUCUCGCACGAGCUGCCCACCGUGCAUGAAGGACGAUAG